UAAUAAAUGGAAAUUUAGUGAACAUAGGAAAGGAAAUAACGUUAAUUUUUUCAAAAAUAUUAUUUUGAUAUCAAUUUUAUUUAAAGAAUCUAAUGCCAAAAUUCAUAUACAUUAAAUAUCGAAAAAUAGAGUAUUUACAUAUUAUAUAUAUGUGCAGCUACAUAUAAAACGGUACCUACGAGAAAAUUUUAGCAUCAAAUAUUUUUAAUUACAGUUAAUUUGCCAAAUUUUAUAUGCUAAAUAGACGCAAUAGAGUUUUUAUGUAUUUGAUUUGAUAGAAAAAGAAGAAACAUUUGAAUUGAAAUGAUAUCACUUAAUAACUCAUGUGGAUGUUGUGGUGUUUCCACAGCAACAAGAGCAUUCCAAUCUCAGUUUCGAACUUCACCUUCUUCACUGUUUUUCUUCUCUCCCACUAAGUUUCCACGUGGCGUUGCGAGAGCCGUUUCUGGUUUGGCCGAUGAUUCGAACUCGAACGGAGAGCCAAAAUCGAAUUACGCAGGCGUGCGGUUGGAAGAGAUCGUGGACGGUGAAAUCAAAUCUGGGAAACUGAGACUAGACACUUGGAUCUCUUCUCGCAUCAAUGGCAUCAGUAGGGCUCGUGUUCAAUCAAGUAUUAAAGCCGGACUCGUUCAUGUCAAUGGCCGUCUCGUUGAUAAGGUUUCUUUCAAUGUCAGAGCUGGGGAUGAAAUCAAGUGCACAAUUGCAGAGUUGCAAAAGUUGAGAGCUGUGCCGGAAAACAUACCUUUGGAUAUAGUUUAUGAAGAUGAGCAUUUGCUAGUCAUAAAUAAACCUGCACACAUGGUUGUGCAUCCAGCACCUGGCAAUACAUCUGGGACACUCGUCAAUGGCAUUCUUCACCAUUGCAACCUGCCAAAUGUUGAAUUUUCUAAAGACGAAGCUCUUUCAGAUACAGAAGAUUCGGAUGAUGAACUUAAUGGCUUCACGUCCCAGGCACCUUCUUGUGAAGGGUUAGAUUCUAGAUUGUCUAUAGCAUCAAUUCGCCCAGGAAUUGUACACAGAUUAGACAAAGGCACGAGUGGGUUACUAGUUGUUGCAAAGGAUGAACAUUCUCAUAUGAAAUUGUCUGAACAAUUCAAGCUGCGCACUAUCAAGAGGGUCUAUAUUAGUCUCACUGCCGGGGUACCUACUCCAGUUGCUGGGCGUGUUGAGGUUCCGGUUGGUCGUGAUCCUAAUAACCGGCUUCGUAUGACUGCUGUAGCUGGACCACUUACCUCUAUGAAGGCCCGUCAUGCUGCUAGUAGGUAUAAAGUAAUUGAGAUACUUGCUGGGGGUAGCUGUGCAUUGGUUGAGUGGAAGUUGGAAACCGGACGCACUCAUCAGAUCCGUGCACAUGCCAGGUAUUUGGGUGUACCUCUGCUUGGUGAUGAGGUAUAUGGAGGGACGAAAAACAUGGUCUUGUCACUGCUAAGGCCGCGAACAACUCCGAGUUUGCAUGGGGAAAUGACUAAAAUGGUUUCUGAGCUAGAUAGGCCUUGCCUUCAUGCUAUGACUCUCGGGUUUCAGCAUCCUCAUACAGGGGAGCAGGUGCACUUUUCAUGCGAACCCCCUGUAGAUUUUAAUGAGAUUUUGAGCCAGCUUCGUAGAAUUGGCAGGCAGUGAGUGGAUUUCUCUCUAAAUGGUCACAUUUUUAAAAGGGUAUUGUAAGCCGGGUUGGCCUUCUUAUCAUUAUUAUGUACUUAAUUGCUUAAUCUUUCUUUCAUUCCCAUUAUUAUUGAUUGAAAUUUUGAAAAUACAAUGUCAAACAUAAAAUAUGAUAGUGUAGACAGAAUAAUGGUUUAUUUUUAUUAAAAUUGACACCAUGCAGUAAAUUUCAGAAAUAAAAUUUACUGGCUCCUUGUUCUUU